AUGAAUUCCUUCUUAGAUUUCAAAAAUGCACAACAAAAGCCACAGACUCCUAUUGGGGGAACAACAGAAGAUUUAGGCACUUGGAAACCUCCUCCACUAGGUGUGAUCAAGGUAAAUUGGAAUGCAAGCAUGAAUGCUAGUAAUGGAAAGCCAGGUUUUGGAAUUGUAGCUCGUGAGCAUCAAGGUAGAGUUUUAGCUUACAAAAAACUCUCAAAAUCGAGUUUCCUUGAUCCCUUACUUGCAGAAGCUCAAGGAGUCCUAUAUGUUGUAGAUUUGAUUAUUGAACUAGGCUACAGUUUAACGAUUUUAAAAGGGGAUUCUCACUUAAUAAUCAAGGGACUUAUGCAAGAUCAACCUAGAUGGGAUGAAGUGGGAAUGAUCCUUAGUAACACUAUGAAGAUUCUUUUCUAUUUAGAUAGCUGGAAUGCUACUUUUGUAAAAAGAAAUGGUAAUGUUUAUGCGCACUUGCUUGCAAAAGCAAUACUAUCUCUUCAUAAGGGUUUAGUUGAUCUAGUUGUUAAUCCAGAUACCCUACAACCUGUAACUCCUAUUUAA